GAUCUCCAUUUCCUCCCCCCCCACAAGAACCACCACCACCACCACAAUCUCUCUCUGCAUCUGCAACCUCCAAAACCCUAGUCGCUUGUCCUUCCCCGAUGUUCCUCGGCACCCGUUUAGCGUCUUCCCCUCCAAGUGGAUAGGGAAAAAAACCCGAGACAGGUUUUCGUGGGUUGUAUGUUAGCUUUUGAGCCUGGCUUGUGUUGGAGAAGUUUCAAUGGGAUGAUGUGAGAGUUGACAUUCAUGUCUCUCGCACGUUCUUGUUGAGUUUCUUGGGGAGUAAAUUGCGAAUCCGAGCCGAGCUCGAUAAGUGAGCUGAAUUUGGUACCCGUUGAUUGUUUUUUCAUGAUUUUUCUUUGACCCGGCGUGGAAUGCUAACGACGGAGAAACGCAUUUUCGUUAAUCAUCGGCUCUGCAAUUAUGUGAUCUGGCUUGAUAGCAACUGAGUUCUUGUUGGAAAUGUGACUGAAUUUUUGUGUUAGACUUGCAAUUUAUGUAGAUCACACCACAUGACUUGUUUGUUUGGCAGAAUGCUCUGAAUGGUUUAAGAUCUCGAUGUCAUUGGUUACAGCACUGAUGUGGAUGGAGCAGUCGCCGCAUCAACAUAGAGAGUUCCCAUUAUCCGAGUUUGGAUCGUUUGACUGAAGAAGGAACCAUGGAAGCUAAUGGAUGCGACGUCGAGCAAGCGGAUGCUGAUGUGUUAUUGCCUCCUCGGAAGCGUUUGCUUGCCGGACUAAAGAAACAGAAUUCAGAUACCAAGGGGGUCUCGCAUGUUUCUUCUACAGCCGCACCUUCUUCAUCGUCGUCGGGUGCAUUUGAUGCCCACCUGAACAGUUUAAUAAGUGUUCAUAGCAAUCCAAACCUUUCGCCUGAGGAAAUCGUGGAGGCCUCAAGAUCGGCGGCUUUAGCCGCGGCUAAGAUUGCAAAAGCUGCUAGAGCAGCUGCCGAAGAGAAGGCGGCCAUUGCAGCUAAGGCGGUUGCUGCAGCCAAGAGCGCUCUGGAUCUAGUAGCAUCUUUCUCCAACGAGGGAAAUCACAAUGAGACGUCGCUUAAAAGGAACAAGCUGAAGAAGCACGUUCCGGUUCACUCACUGUACGAAAGGAACAGGGUGAUUGCAAAUUGCAAGACAGACGAAGAAUUGGCUCGGAGACUGCGCCGAGUCAUGAACAGCUCUUCGAGAAACAAUGUACCAACUGCACAUAGAACUAAAUGAUCGAUACGAUUCUCAAAUUAAGAAAACUAGCCUUUGUGUAGUGGUCCUCCCAUGUUAUUUGCUGUCUGUGUAAGGGUUGCAGAUCCAUCUACAAAUUAGAGGACCUGAGUUUCAUCCUGAUAGUAAACCGUGGGUGUAAACAAAACCAAAUACCCAGUACAUAUUAUUCCAUGUUAUUUUCAUUUUGUGAAAUGACGAUGACCCGAAAUAGUUUCUAGACUA